UCGUUCAUCAUUAGUAAUCAGACAGUCGGUCGCGUACGUUACGUCGGUUUUUCGUUAGGAUUUCUGCUCUUGUAGAUUAGGCGAAAUCACUUUCCGUUGUCUAGGUGCGUUGAGUUUUUCUUGGAUUGUUCCCUUGAUGUAAACCUGUGAAAUGUGUCGAAAAUAUUCAUUGAAAUUGAUAGUGUAGUUAUCUCUAAGUGGCAGAUUCCUUUUUCUCGUUUAGAAAAAAUUGUGCAAUUCCAAAAGACUGUUUCUAUAGUGCUAUUUGUAGUGAAGGAAAAUAAUGUGCUGAUUUCCGUAGUAGAAAGGGUAGGGUGUCUUCAGGGUAAAUUUUUGUUUCAUCCCUGCGUCCCCGUCGUUUCCCUUUGCUGGUGUUGAGGAUCAGCCAUCUGUGUUGGUGCGUGCUUCAGAACGAAAGCUCUUGUGCAUCGGAUUUCCUUCUAUGUGGCUGACAGUUCUACAAAGGAGAUAGCUUGUCCUGAAUAUACGGGAAGCAGUGCGACGCAGCUGUGAAUAUCGCACUGUGUCUGCAGGAACGGCUUCUGACUGAUGGUUCGCAAUAAAUACUCCCUGAGCAAUGCUGGCAAAUCGCCGAGUAAAAAAUCCCGCACCAAUAGUAAACAACACGAAGCCAGCGAUAACGAGGGAGGCGAAGGAAGUUCCGGAGCGACCCUAGUAGACGGCGGUACGACUGCAACACAGCGAUGUGAUACCGUGCACAAACAAAAUCUUUAUCUUAUUUCCUUCCCAGUUAUUUUUGUGUUCAAUAUUCUGCGUUCCCUGCUGUAUCAGUUAUUCAUUGUUUUUCGAUACAUCUAUAAUUUCACCACCAAAGUAGUUUAUAAACCAGUGAAGAAAGAUUGUGGCCUCGAAAUCGUGAUAAACGAUCAGAACCAACAUCAGCAUCGAAGUCAACCGCUGCUUGAUCUCCCGUAUCAGCCGCAAUUGCAGCAGUACGAUCCACAACAGCAGCAGUCCCAUCCGCUGCAGUAUUCAAGCAGUGGCGUUCUGGUGAAUAGCGAGGGUCGGGAGAUGUCCGUGCACCGGUCGGCCAGCGGGAGUCAGGUCGGUCCGGGGGAUCCGCUUCUGGCUAAGCAAAAACAUCACCAUCGGCGAGCUUUUGAGUACAUAUCGAAAGCGUUGAAGAUUGAUGAGGAGAAUGAGGGACAAAAAGAACUCGCCAUUGAGUUGUACCGGAAAGGAAUUCUCGAACUGGAGCGUGGAAUUGCCGUAGAAUGUUGGGGAGGCCGAGGUGAAGUUUGGGAGCGAGCUCAACGGUUGCACGACAAGAUGCAAACGAAUCUUUCCAUGGCCCGGGACAGGCUGCACUUCCUAGAAUGCAUGAUAGAGGCUUACAAGUUAGAAAUUUCCGAAGCGCACAAACUGCAGCGAUCUAGCACCUUCACCCUUAGUACUGGCCAAUCUGACACUCCCAGAGUUGACACGCAAAAGCGAGCACAAUUUAAGAUUCCCACGACAAUCGGUAAACCUAACCGACGGCCAGUGGCGAAAGUGAAUCAGCAACAGGAGAACCGUAUGUUAACCUUCCACGAUAGUCCCAUGACCGUUGGGCCCAAUAGCGCUAGAAAUGCUGCCGCAGCAGAUCCGGGAGCUUCCGGUCGGAAAUUAACGGUUGGCUACAAACGACCUGGUAACCUGGGCGUGAUGAACAAGUCACAGACUCUGCCACGUAGUAUGGGGGGAACGAGAACCACUCCGACUGGCAAUGGUGGAGGCACUGUUGGAACCACCGCAGGUGGAAUGCCGAAAAUUGUGCCAAAACCAGCUGCAACACCACCCGCCAUUCGACGGCAAUUUUCGAUUCCUGGUAGUUCACCGAUACGAAAAACAAGCAACGGUUAUGGUCACAGCGGUGGCAAAAAUACUCCUCCACGUUCCCGAACACCUUUGGGGAUGCCUUCCGGCAAUCAAUCCUCCCAACAGCAUCCGCAGCAGAUUAAUGUGAAAGGGGUUGAACCGAAGCUAGUUCAAAUCAUCAUGGAUGAGAUAGUCGAAGGUGGUGCUAAAGUGCAAUGGCAGGAUAUUGCUGGCCAGGAAGUGGCGAAACAAGCACUCCAGGAAAUGGUUAUAUUGCCUUCCGUCCGUCCGGAGCUCUUCACCGGGCUUCGAACACCUGCCAAGGGCUUACUGCUGUUUGGUCCUCCCGGGAAUGGCAAGACACUGUUAGCCAGGGCAGUCGCAACCGAGUGUUCAGCAACGUUCUUCAGCAUAUCGGCCUCAACCCUAACCAGUAAGUACGUUGGCGAUGGUGAGAAACUGGUGCGGGCACUAUUUGCAGUGGCCAGAGAGAUGCAACCAUCAAUCAUUUUCAUUGACGAAGUAGAUUCGCUUCUAUCCGAGCGUAGCACUGGCGAGCAUGAAGCAACUCGACGGUUGAAAACAGAAUUUCUCGUACAAUUUGACGGACUUCCAGCGAAUGCGGAAACGGACAAGAUUAUUGUAAUGGCAGCGACGAACCGACCACAGGAAUUGGAUGAAGCUGCACUUCGUCGGUUUCCGAAGCGAGUUUACGUUAUGUUACCCGAUUUAGACACUCGGGAGCUCCUGCUUCGAAGAUUGCUAGAAAAACAAGGUAGUCCACUUGGCGAUGCAGAUUUGAAGCGGCUAGCAGUGCUAACCGAUGGCUACUCUGGCUCAGAUUUGACAGCUCUGGCAAAGGAUGCAGCGCUGGAACCAAUCAGAGAGCUCAACGUGGAGGAAGUGAAAAACAUGGACCCAACUAAGCUACGCAGCAUUCGUGAGAGCGAUUUUCACAACUCACUGAAACGAAUUCGCCGAUCGGUUGCCCCCAACAGUCUGGCCGCUUACGAGAAGUGGCUGCUUGAGUUUGGCGAUGUAACUUUAUAAGCGAGCUGGCUGUGCCAGUUCAGUGCCAUCUAGGACCUCUUCUGUGUGUAACUUUUUAGGUUUAAACACUACUUAAAAAUAGCAGUUGUAUGUUGUAAGGAGAAUAGCGACAAGCAGAAGUGUCUCCUGUUUUGCCAGUGUAAACUGAAGUAGAAUGUAUCGUUAUUCAUUGUAGAUAUUGUUAACGUUUAGUUUGCUGUAAUAUGUCGAUAACUUCAGAAUUAGUUUGAGGAAAUAACCGUCGUAUUGCUAGUUAACUCGCUGUCCUUGGUGGCUUAGCUAAGUGAGAUUAUGAUCGCUCCUUGAUUUCGUUAGAUCACCGAAUGCAAUCACCUAUUACCACUAGGUCUAGUUAAGUUGUCAGCUUCACUAAGCUUGUGUUCCUAUACAACAAAAUACCAUUUAGUAAAUCAAAUACCAUCUACACAAAAAUGUUGCAUGCAAAUCAAAUCGAACAAAACACAAAUUUAUACUGUAAAUAGAAGUACACAUAUUCGAAUAAAAAUAAAUAUUGCUGAGCUAAUCAAA